GAUCGAAUUUGAUGCCAUGUGACGGAAUGGGAUGAACGACAAUUGAAAAUAAACAAGUGAAGCGGAAAAGAAAGAAAAGACUGAGCAAAAUGAAUCGCACUUCGAUGAGUCUCUUAAGGGGCUCAAAAUACCUGGCAAGGAGCGGCGCAUCCAUAUCACAACGACGAUUUGCAUCCUCAGAAACUCCUUCACCUACUCGCGCAUUCUACAAAACUUUCACUCGCCCUAUCGCAAAAACUCUCCUGAUAGCAACUUUCAUAUAUCAAUUGACCUAUUGGGGUUGGGUGAAAUUGGAGAAGGAUGAAUUAAAAGCAGGCAAACGUAGGGAAAUAAAGGAACUCGAGGAGGAAUUGGAGAAAAUCAGUGGAGGCGCUAUUAAGGGCGAAGAUGUGAAAGUCAAAGGUAUCUAAGGAGAGCUGGCAAUAUUAUGCACGAGGUUCAAGCACAUAGUCACUUGGGGAACUGUGCAGCGUGGAAAUGAAGAUGGAGAAUUAUUGCGACCAAAUGAAGUCGCUCUCAUGAUCUGGUCAUGGUGGCUACUACUUAGUCUCCAAUAUACAGUCGCAAUCGCUGUACAGCGACGACUUACAGACGAGAUAUCGUUUGCGAUAUACCUAUCAGAUUCAUGCUCGAUUUUGCGCAAAUCGAAAUCACAACAUAGAUAAACAUUUUGUUUGUGUGGGGCCCUUCUUGGAAUCCGAUCGACUACCAUUGCGAAGAUAUCAGUUCCAAAAUAUGAACAUAACUAUAAUUAC